CGACCGCUGUCUCUUGUUUGACCGACCGCGUUGACCGGAUCACGGGGGCAGAUCGACGUUCAGCAUGGAGGACCCGGCGGUGGCCGCUGCGGCGGUCAUGGCGGAUGCCCUGGUGAUGCCAGGACAUCUUCCACCAGGACAUCUUCCACCUGGGCAUAUGCCGCCUCCGCAUCCGAUGAUGCACGGCCCCCCUGGGCACAUGCCGAUGAUGCCUCCGGGGAUGCCGGACAUGCAUCAUCCUGGCAUGCCCAUGCCCAUGAUGCCAGAGGAGGCGAACGCCGCGCAUCGCCCCUCCAAGCGACGGCGCUUGAAAGGCCUGGAUGCCAAUAGCUUGGAAAAGCUGCUGCGUGGGCUCUACCAAUGCCUUAGGCGCUUAGUCGACGGUCUGCCGGAGAAAGGGCCGAAGGAGGCGCCGGUGGAAGUGCUGGAGGAGGAGCUGGAGAAGUUUUGGCGCUUGCGCUUCGACGCGCGCGCCCUCGGGGAGUCAGGAACCCCUGCUUUCCUUCGGCGCUUUCCAGGGGUCUUCAAUGUACGGAGCAAUGGGCUCGCAGUGCUAGUGUCACCUAAAGAGGACCCCAACUUCGACGAGGCGGCGGCGCAGGGUUUGGAGAAGACUGCUGAGGGCAAGGGCUUCAAGGCGCCGGAGGGAUUUGCCAAUGGCCUUGGGGAGCAGGUGAUUGCAGCGAUCGUGAACCUCACGGCUGAGGAGAAAAAACCUGGGAGUGUGCCUCUCAAUUGCCAGUACGCCAGCUUCGAGGUGGCCAUGGAACUCCUUGGGAACCUGAAGGAAGGCCAUCGAGAGGAGGACGACGAGCUCAUGGCAUCGCUCCGAGACCCAAAGCCUCAGCCGGUGAAGGAAGAUCCCACUCAGCGUGACGAUGUCUACGGUGCAGGGCACCUGCCGCCGCUUCAUCCGCCACCAAGCUUCAAUCAUCGACCGCCGGGACCCCCUCCGCCGAGCGGCCCUCCCUUUGGAAAGGGCGGCGGCUAUGGUGGUGGCAAAGGUGGUAGCAGGCUCUGCAGACAAUUUCAGUAUGGCCGCUGUACAUGGGGAGAGAAUUGCCGGUUUGUACACGAGAGGGAAUGAGCACAUGGCUGUGCAGCAGCUGAAUAUGACCUUGUUAUGGCGCGCGGUCAGUGGAUGUGGUG